GAAACAACCAAUCGUCGCUGGGAUUUCACGCCACUCGCUUCCUCCCCCCGCAUCUCACGUGCCCACCGCCUGCUCGAUGCAAUUCCCCACUCGCCCACCAACCUCCCCGUGCCCGAUGUCCACCACGGCGGCCACCGCCACCGCCGUGGCGUCCCCCUCCACCUCCACAUCGUCAACUCCCCUCCUCCCCCGCCGCGGCCCCCUCCCUCCCGCCUCCACGCCCGCCCGCUGCCGCCUCCUCCCCACGCCGCCGCCGCGGUGGCGCGCGCGCCUCGACCUCGCGCGCCGGGUGGCCGUCGGCAGCGACGUGUCCUCGUACCCUGACGUGGCCGCCGAGGAGGCCGCCGCCGCGCGCAAGGUCGGGAAGCGCGUGCGCGUCACGGCGCCCGUCCGCGUCCACCACGUCGCCAGGGCGCCGGGGCUAGACCUGCGCGGCAUGGAGGGCGUCGUCAAGCAGUACGUCGGCGUGUGGAAGGGCAAGCGCGUCACGGCCAAUCUCCCCUUCAAGGUGGAGUUCGAGCUCAAGCCUGACGGUCAGGACAAGCCGGUCCGGUUCAUCGCCCACCUCCGCGAGCAAGAGUUCGAGAUCGUCGGAGACGAGUAGAGCUCUUGGUUACAGAAUAACGCGCUCUCUGCGGCGGCCGUGGCAUCUGUAUACUAUCGUUUCUGUGCGAGAGGAGGAGGAUGUCGAGGGUGUGAGGAGAUUGCAGCUUUGCAAGUAAGUUGCCGUUUGUUUACUUGUUUGCGGUGUGCUUCUCCCUCUCCUCCCUACAGCAUCGAAUUUUUCAGAUGUGACAAUUAUUCGAAUGCUUGUACUCUAUAUGAUCAAAAGUAAUUAAACUGAUGAAUCUGUUACCGACUGUAUCGAGCAUUUUGUUCUAUUGAUUGUUAGGACAAAAUGUUACUACUAGCCUACUAGGAGUGAGCGAUACUGUGAUAUAUGAUUGAAAGUACUCCUAGAGGCUAGUAGGCUAGUAGUUAAAUCUGUUUGAUGAUGGAAUGAACUUGAUCUUGGCCCAACGUGGCCUAUGUGUUCCAAGUAAAA